AUGUUUGCCAUUGGCUGUUUCAAAGGGCUAGUACUUCAAUUUAAACGCUAACUGGAGUUCACGCGGUGUAAGCGGUUUAGUCUGUGCGGAUCCGGGGAGCUGUCGAAUAACACGGUGAGAGACCGACAUUAUGGCCGAAGGCUACUCCGCCGGUGAGACCUCGGAUCGUUACGAGUUCGAUGCCCCGUCUCACGUCGUCGACUUCAAAGAGCUGGAACAAGCUGAAAGCGACGACAAAUGGUUUGAACAACAGGUCGAGGGGGUGCACACUCAGCUUUCUACACCUUCCAGACCUGACUGGCCUUUUGCAAGAAACGAUGUGCCCAACCUGCCUAGAGCUGUUGUAACUCCUCAGGUUAAGACAGAUGUGGACGCGGGGCCUGGUACGUCCACAUCUCCACCAAGGAACAUUGUCACAUCUUGGGGUCCUGAUUCCCAAAGGACAAGGACGACUGCUCCAAAUCAACCCCCUGCCCAACCAUGCAGGGUUUCAAAACGUAAAGAGGCUGCGCGCUGUUUGUCUGCAACGUCUGCUGCACCACCACCAAAGAGAAACAAAGCGAACCCUGCUGCCAGACCACAAAGGAGGUCCAGUGGUGUCCGCCGCAGGAGUGCGCAGCUCCAUGCCAGAACCAGUCUCCGCAGGAGCGGGCGGCAGAAUUCCAAAACUGCAGCAGCUUCCACACCUGCAAACACAGGACCAUGUAGCUCUGAAGAACUGGAGCUGCAACGUAUCCGUGACCUCCAGAAGGAAGUGGCGCUACAUCGCAGGAAGAAUGAGGCCAGUUACAGAGCUGCUCUUGCUGGCAAUCCACCACCAAAGAAACCCGUUCUGUCCAUGACUGUGCCUAAAGAGUUUCACUUUAGCACAGAAACCCGUGUUAAGGCAGCUGCUCCAUCCAGCACAGCCCACAAGGAGGUGGAUUUUAUCUCUCAGCUUCGCAAACCCUCUUCACCAGCAAAGACUGUGAAAGGUGCUACAGUGCCCAAACCUUUUAAUUUGUCAAGCAACAAAAGAAAGGUGGAGCAGCCAGAGGCCUAUAUACCAAUGGCUCAGAAGAUAGAGCACUUCCAGAAACGAACUCCUGAGCGAUACCAUCUGCGCAGUCGUCAGAAUCAAGAGAGAGGUCCAUCUCCAGUGAAGGGUGAGCACCUGAAGCUCACUCAGCCUCACACCCCACACCUGAUGACCCGCCAGAGGGCCAGGCCUACCACUGUGAAGAGCACUGCUGAACUGGAGGCUGAAGAGGCGGACAAACUUCAGAAGUUUAAAUUUAAGGCCCUGGAGCUGAACAAGAAAAUCCUGCAGAGUGUAGAUAGCUUAAAGAAGCCAGCAGUCAAGGAACCCACUGUACCUGAAGGCUUCGAGCUGCAGAUUGAGAAGAGGCUCCAGGAGAGAGCAGCCACCAAGAAGCCUCAGGAAGGUGAGGAGAAGCCUCCCACCUUCAAAUCCCAGCCUCUGCCCAAAAAUAUCCUGGAGGGAGUAGUGGGACUGCCAGAGAAGAAGGUUGUGUAUCCAACUGUGCCAGAGUCUCCAGCUUUUGCCCUCAAGAAUAGGAUUCGUAUGGACCGCAAGGUUGAGGAGGUAAAACAGCCUUUGCCAGUUAAGGCCCACCAUGUGCCUCACUUUGGCCUCCCCUUCCAGCCCCAGCUCCCACAGAACCACCAUGUGGAGGUGUGUCCCUUCUCCUUCGAAGAGAGGGAACGGGAGAGGAGGGCACUAAAGGAGAAGAGGCUGGAGGAGAUGCGAAAUGAAGAGGUGCCACAGUUCAAGGCCCAGCUACUGCCAAACUUUGACAGCGUGGUUCUGCCUGAGAAGAAGAAGCUGGAGCCCACUAAGCCUGAGCCUUUUAAGCUGCUCAUAGAUGAACGAGGAGCUAUGAAGGGCAGUCGCUGGGAACAGAUGGUGAAGGAAGAGCAGAAACAGCAGGAGGAAGCGGCACUCUUCAAAGCCAGGCCCAACACAGUGACUUUUAAAGAACCUUUCCAGCCCAAAAAGGAGAGCAGAGCUGCUGUGGGCACUAAUUCUUCUGCAGUUGUGGAGGCGUUUGAGCUGUCGACGGAGCGGCGGGCCCGGGAGCGGCAGGAGUUUGCACAGCUGGUCACUGAGAAGGAGACUCUCAGGGCGCAGAUGGAGGAGCAGCAGAGACAGGAGGAGGAGAAGAGGGAGAAGGAUGAGAUCACCAGGCUGCGGCAAGAACAGGUUCACAAGGCUCGGCCCAUCCGACACUACAAACCUGUUGCAGUGAAGAAGAGCGAGGUUCCGCUCACCGUCCCACAGUCGCCAAACUUCUCUGACCGUUUCCGUCUGUAAUCGGCUCAUUUUGAUGUUUGUUUGGCAGAAACCAUUUUUAGAUUUGGUCUGAAGACCAAAUCGGUCUCUUGUACAUAAUGUUUUUUAUUAUGAAAACCUUUUUGUAGCUUUAGAUUCUAAUUGUAUGUUCAGUAGUUUUCUUGAAAUAAACAUUUAUCAAAUAUCAACAAUGACUGGACGCUUACUUGGCAGUAAUGUUGAAUACCAGUAUUAACACAUGGUGCAUAUAGAAGACUUUCAACGGGGUCAAACUGUUGGUUUGACCAGGGGGCCUCAGGCAAAUACUUAAUAGGCUCCUGGUUCAGUUUGUUUUAACUGUAUGUAAAUGUAUCACUGUACUGUGUGUGUGUGUAUCCCUAGUGCACAAUAUAAACUGAAAAGCUCAGAACCUUUAGUUGUUGGUCAGCUUGCUGCUGCUUCACACAUUGAACAUACAGCAGAGAAACAAAGGGCCCUUUUUAUGCCAAGUAAUGAAGUUUUUGGCCUUCAGUGUUUUGUUUUGCAUUAAACUAUGGCCUGCACAGCCACUUGUUCAAUGUAAUGUGGAGAUGGCAAAAUAAACAUCGGUUGCAGUGGA